AGCAUUUUUGGGUAUAUGCGGCAGCGUCAAAUGUGCAGUUUGGCCGGUCUGCUUCCCUACAAUCCCACAGCCGGGGAAGCAAUGGAUGUAGUGCUUCCCAGCGAUGUGCCUGCCUGAGCCGUGGUCUCGCGAGAUCAAGGAGUGCCAAGCCUUCCGCCCCGUGUUGGCCAAGUACCGGCGCAAGCGCCAUGCGCCAGGUGCAGGCCUACGCUGCGCGCUCCGGCAGCUUACCUUGCGACAAGGCUCCUUUUUCCGCUGCGGAUGUUUCAAAGCUGGGAACAGGAGCGGGCAGGUGUCCCAGCUCGAGGACCUAAUGCGGCGGCGUGGUGUCGACCAAGCUUGGGAUGCUCUGGACGAGAUGAUGCGGGCUGGCCUGCCAUCUGAUCGCUUCACAGUCUCCCGAAUGCUAAUGAGAACGCUGGCUGAUGGGCGGAAGAACUGGGACGCGGCGAAGAUCAAUCGCAGUGUAGCCCUGGUUGAACAAUUUGUCCAGCAGCAGCCACAAGAGGCAGAUGAAGUGCUCUUCAACGCGAUGCUAGAUACGCAUUCAAGAACGAAGGACAUUGCAAGACUUGAGGCCACCUACCAGCGCAUGCAGGACCUUGGAGUCGAACCCUCACAUGUCACCCUAGGGAUCCUUGUGAAGGCUUAUGGCCAGGUUUGCGACAUUAAGAAGGUACUGCAGCUUUGGAAUGAGAUGAAGGAACAACGCACACAAGCGAAUGCGGUGACAUAUGGCUGCAUGAUCAACGCCUGUGUGAAGUGCAGCCAGACAGAGAAGGCCCUGCAAAUCUUUCGCGACAUGCAAAAGCACCACAAGCAAUCCAACACCAUCUUGUACACCACGCUGAUAAAGGGCUGUGGCAAUGAGAAAGACCUCAACUCUGCAGUCAUGCUCUUUCGCGAGAUGAAAGAUGAAGGUGUCCCUUACAACACCAUAGCAUACAAUUCCAUCAUUGAUGUGUGCAUCAAAUGCUCUGAGGUGGUAAAAGCUGAGGAGUUCUUCCAAGAGAUGUCUGACGGCACUGUGCAGCCAGAUCUCAUCACGUACUCCACUCUACUCAAAGGUUACUGCCAGGUUGGCGACCUGGACAAAGCGCUGCAGGUUGCAGCUACGAUCAAGGGUUGUGGCAUGCAAUGCGACGAGCUGGUUUACAACACAUUGAUGGAUGGUUGCGUGAAGGCCAACGAUUUGUCUGCCGGUGUUGGGCUGUUUGCAGAGAUGGCCUCAGCUGGCAUGAAGCCUUCAUCCAUAACUCACAGCAUUUUUCUGCGGCUGUACCAGCGCAACGGCUACAAGGGAAAUGCUAUGGACGCUGUGGCGCAGUUGUAUCAGCAUCAUGGUCUUGAGAAGCCAUCUGGCACUGUGGAGAAGGCCAGCAAGGCAGCAGCCAGGAUCUCAGUUAUCAAGGCCGCUCGCACGGUCCCGGUGCUUGUCCCAGUGCUCCUGAUGGCGCUCCAGGCGUACGUGAACAGUUGCUGGUGGAACGACAAGUCCUAG